AUGAAGGCCUGCUUCUGGACCAGCCUGUCGGCUACGCUCGCCGUUGCCAUGGCAAUCAGCGUGUCAUCCUCGCCAGCUUACUUUGACCGUCGCGACGACAGCGUCGACAGUGGCAGCAACGCCACUGUCAUCGCUGUUCCCGUUGACAGCAGUGUUGCACAGUACACGGCUCCCGAUGGCUCGGUCGACCUCGGUUCGCUCAUCGAUGACACGGUCGUGACGCCGAUCGAGAUCCCUGCCACUGCCACUACGCCUACGGUUCUCACAUUCCCGACCGCCGCGCUCAUGGCUAGUGCUGCCGCCGAGAACGACGUCGCCUACACCACCACCGUCACUGCCUCUGCUGAGCCUACUGGCGCUGUGUCCAAGCGCGCCGUUCCCGCCGGAACCGUUGGUCAGGGCGGCAAGGUCGCCGCAUGGGAUGCCAGCUACUGCCCCACCGCUUCUUCGGGACCCGGCCCCCUCCUGUCGCCUGACACCCCGGACAACUUCAGCAACAACCAGUGGCUCAACCAGGCCUACGGCCAGAGCUCUGCUGCUGUCGCCCCUGCUGGUUACACCAAGGCCUUCGGUCCUUACUACCAGACCAUCCAGGCUUCCACGGCCACCAUGAGCCUGGGAAUCUACAACACCUACACGUCGUACAACGCUGCCGACUGCGCAGCCAAGUGCAACAAGCGCAGCGACUGCGCCGCGUUCGCCUUCUGGAUGCAGCGCGACACCGACAUCAACUACUACGGCUCGGCUGCCGCUGCCGGAGACUGGCAGACGCGCUGCAACAACCCACCCGUCAGCCGCACCAACUACGUCUGCGGCCUGUACAGUGCUCGUGUCACCAAGGAGAUGGCCACCAACGCGGGUCAGAUGAAGGGCCCCAUCUUCAAGACCGCCCACGCUGCGGUCAACGCCUACUUCAAGAGCGACCCGGCCAAGGACCUCAGCUCCCUCGGCUACACCUCGCAGGUCAACCAGAACGGCAUUAUCGACAACGGCGAGACGCACCCUUACCUCACCAAGACCAUGAACGCCAACAGCAACCCGCAGGUUUCGGGAUACGCUCCCGAGUACUGUGCCGCCUGGUGCAACGAGCACAAGGACAGCUGCGCGGGCUUCGACUCGGCCUCCAUGUACAGGGAUGGCAAGUUCGCGGGGACGCUGUGCAACCUGUACAGCGUUGCCUUCGACAACUCGCAGUACCAGGGCAAGCCCGGCCAGUACUCGACCGCUGGAUACAUCUCGAGCUCGCCCGGCAUCUUCUACACCAGGACUCCCGACGAACUGCCCACCCGACAGCCCACCAUGGAACUCAAGGUUGUCGUCGCUUAA